UGCCCGACUCGCGUGGAAUUUUUUCGACAAUCACAAGUUUUGCAGGCAACGGCAUUUUGUUGGACAAAAUCGCGCUGCAGCCAGCCCCCCAUAGCUCUGGCAAUGCCCAAACUUUGCGAGAGGGUUACUUGAGUCUUUAGCUUUCGAUAGAUAACAGUUUCGGCCUCUCAAAUGGGAGUUGCAUCGAGCUUUCGGUCCCUCUCCCCGCCGACCACCCGAAAAAACUAUGACGGAGACCGCGUCUCCCGUCCCACCUCGCCAACAGUCGGAUGCAGUUGAUCGUGAACGGGUGAAGACCAACCACAACAAAGACCACAUCGAUGAACUGCUACCAUCUCCCUUUAUUUCCAAACCCCUCGAAGACAUCGAUUCUGUGUCUGUCCCGAUUUUAGAAGCUGUCCCGUCGUCUCCUAGUGAUAGUUCGCUCUCGGAUCCGUUAUCAGAACCUCCCUCGGACGAAGAAGAGAUAGAGCUCUCCAUCUUGUCCGGACGUCCUGGGACGGCCCCCGAAGCGACGAAAAACACACCAGAAUGCACCGAAGAAAAAGAAGAUAAUGAGUGUAGCCAGGCCGGAGGUGCCUUGCAUGAGGAAGAUGGCGCGUUGGAGGAGCGCCCCACCAAACGGCGGAGGGUACGGGACAAUACGCCUCCGCCGCCACCAAGCAAGACACGCGACGUCAAGCUAGAAUCGCCGCCAUGGAAAAAAUUCGAAGCCGAAGGCCCGACUUCUUUCACGGACGAAGGCAAGCGGAGGUCAGGUCGAAUCAACCUCGCUCCCGCACAGCUCCAGAGCGCAGACCAACAACCCCCAAAGCGCACCGUCAACGGCACCCAAGCAAACACGCCCGCCAAGAACAAGCAUGCAUCGACCAACGGAAAUGUUUCGAACAAACAGAAGCCGCAGGCUUCUGCAAAUGCGAACCGCCGCCCCAGCGCCGCAGCAAAGCCAACUCCUCCCUCAAAACCUUCCGCCUCCAAAACGACCGGUCGUACGUCCGGCGCACACGAAACCAGAACCUCCCAACGCAGUCGCCGACGAUCGCCAUCUCCUCCACCUAAACUUCCAUCUCGCACUUCAGCUAGGAGUCGGCGGUCACUAGCGAAGGAAAGCGUUGACCAUGCUGCUGACGAGACCGCGCGCGCGGCGCCCCGGAUAAAGCUACGAGUAACGAAGCAAACAACGAUACCUUUUGUACAUCCAGCGCAAGCAAAGACUCGUCCCAAGCUGGGUCCAUCCUUCGAAGAGUAUUUCGAUCAUGCUAGAAACAUUCCAGUCGAAGAGGGUGGACAGUAUGCGACCGACGACACGCCCCCGAUGACCGACGAGAUGGCACUUGAAGAGGCGAGAGUUUUGAACAGGAUAGAUCAAGAGACGGAACCUGGAGGUCUUUUGUCUGUUGGGAAGUGCUCAGUUUAUGCACCGGAAGUAGCUGAUGAACCUCCACGCCAAUGGGCUCACAUGGACCACCUAGUCAAGGCCGUGUCCAACUUCAGGAGGUUGAUGCUGCAGGAGCAACAAAGACAUCGGUCGACAGCUAGGAAGCUCGCCGAGGCUUGUCGCGACGAAUGGCUGAGGAGGCAACCCAAGACAGCAGAAGAGCUGGAGCGAGAACAAUAUGACAUGUGGAGGGCAAAGUACGGUUCCGUCGUCCGGGCGAUGUUUGGAACCUGGGAGAACGUCAAGGCAGAGAUUAAUCGGAGAAGGAUCGAAGAAUGGCAGGCUGAAGAACAGCGUCGCGUCAAAGCUGCACUCCAAGAAGCUGUCCAAAUAUCGGAGCAGAAACUCCAAGCUAGACAACUACACCCUGACGAAGAUGGAAUUACCGACGACGACAGCGGCAUCGAUCGGACCUCGGACGAGGAGCAGGAUGACUCGGACGUGCUCGACGACGACGACAUGAUGACGGGCUCCGGCAUUGAUCAAGAAGUGUUUGAGGGCAUCGAGGCUGAUGCUGCUGACGAAAGUAACAUGUCAUCUUCUGAAGACGAGGAGGACGCCAAAUCGACAGCUUCCGACGAAGGUCUCACCCAGGAGCAGUUGCGAAAGAAGUACGCGCACAUAUCGGGAUUACAUACACCAAACAACGAUGGAGAUACCCCUCUUACUCCAGGAUUGGAGUCCAAGCCAGACGAUAACGCAAACGUGGAUGAAACGAGCGACGAGUCUGUCGACAUGGAUGAUGAUAUGGGCUCAUCGGACAUGGAUAGUGACGAUGACGAUGACGCUGAGGAAUCUGAGGGCGACGAUGAAGAAGAUGAAGAUGAUGCGCCUGGUGGUCUUCUUGGACUCUUCUUUGGCAAAUCCGAGCUGAAGCAGCUCACAACUGAAGCUGAGCAGGACAACGGUGUCAGUGGUGAUGCGGACGUUGAGAUGGCCGAGGAAGUUCCAUCAGCAGAGAUCAAGUCGCCACCCAAGGCCAACGGCUAUGUGGAUCCAACCACAACAGCCAUUCUUCAUAGUAAAACUGAUGAUACUACCGAACAUCUUGACACCUCAGAGCAAAAUAACAAUGACGCCACCAACUUGAAGCACCCUCAACAGCAACCGUCGGCCCAGAGCCGACUACGGUCGGAUGGGCCAGAGAACACAGAGGCUGCACCAACUGCAGUGGAUUCGAUUGACAUUGCCAAUACCGAUACGCUGACACCUGGUUCACAGCCUCUCACCCACUCUGCUGUUUCCACCUUGCAGAAGGAAGGCGCCAAAGACCAGCUCGUGCCUCCAGACAUCUCUCCUCUUACAGCUUAUCAAGACGAUCUCGAUGACUUCUCGCCAGAAGCAUCGAUUGCAUAUGAUUCUGUUGAUCCUCCUGUCGCGACAGUCGCCGACCAAGAUGUGUCUAUGGUCGAUUUGUUUGCGCCAGAAGAUGUUUCACCAGUAACGCCGUCUCUCACCAGUCAUCAACCCCCGACUACAGAACAGACCUUGGCAGAUCCAGCGGAACAGCUACCGAUACUUGAUUCUGUCGCACCUGAAGCUUCACAUGUCGUCGAGAUGGAAAUCGAUGAUGCAACCACCAAACAAGAUGAUAUGGCAUCAUUACCCUUGACUGCUGAUGGACUACCUACAGAGGCCGAAGCAACAGCCACCAAAGCUGGAAGCCCAGAGACUGAUUUGCCUACGAAUCUUCCCAGUCGUGAAUCCAGUCGAACGCCCCACACUUCGGACACGAAGCCAUCCGAGAUUGACACCGCCACAUCGGUUGAGGCGUCCGGUAAUCAGGAGAUUAGUCGCUCUGUCUCGCCUCUACCUGGUGCAGCCAAGACAGAAAUACCAUUCCUUUUACGAGGAACGUUGCGUGAGUAUCAGCACUUUGGGUUGGAUUGGCUCGCUGGUCUGUAUGCCAACAACACGAACGGCAUUCUAGCCGACGAAAUGGGUUUGGGAAAAACAAUCCAGACCAUUUCGCUAUUGGCACACCUCGCUUGUCAUCACGAGGUUUGGGGACCUCAUCUGGUGGUCGUCCCCACCAGUGUAAUGCUUAACUGGGAGAUGGAGUUCAAGAAGUGGUGUCCUGGGUUCAAAAUCCUGACGUACUACGGAAACCAGGAAGAGCGAAAGAGGAAGAGACAAGGUUGGAGUAACGAUGAUGUGUGGAACGUCUGCAUCACAUCUUACCAAAUGGUUUUGCAGGACCAACAAGUUUUCAGGCGGCGGCGCUGGCACUACAUGAUCCUUGAUGAGGCGCACAACAUCAAGAACUUCAAGUCCCAACGCUGGCAGACGCUCUUGGGCUUCAACACGCAAGCACGACUCCUGAUCACCGGUACUCCACUGCAAAACAACUUGACCGAGUUGUGGUCUUUACUUUUCUUUCUUAUGCCCUCUGAAAAUGGCGUGGGCGGAUUCGCGGAUCUAAAAGAGUUCCACGACUGGUUCAGCAAGCCAGAAUCUCAAAUUUUGGAGAGUGGCAGAGAACAGAUGGAUGACGAGGCCCGAGCAAUCAUUUCCAAGCUGCACAAGGUGCUACGACCUUAUCUCCUCCGGCGUCUCAAGGCAGACGUGGAGAAGCAAAUGCCAGCCAAGUACGAACAUGUCGAGCUGUGCCGCCUUUCCAAGCGUCAGCGUGAACUAUACGAUGGCUUCCUUAGCAGGUCUGACACAAGGGAAACGCUUUCUGGCGGCAACUACCUGUCCAUCAUCAACUGUCUGAUGCAGCUCCGAAAGGUCUGCAAUCAUCCUGAUCUUUUUAUCGAUCGACCAAUCAUGACCUCAUUCCGGAUGCAAAGCUCAGUUCCCUCCCAUUUCGCAUCGACAGAAAAGCUCAUUCGGGGCAAGUUGUUCGCCCAACGACCAUUUGACUCGGUCAACUUGGAGUUCAUGAAUCUGGUACCGGCAGCGCACGAGAGGUUCUCCGACACCUUUGCCUCGAGCGUUGCACAGUACAACGCUCACCGCGCGCUGAACGAGCUCAGGGAAGCCCAGAAGGUCAGAGCGCACAACGCUUUCUUGCCACUGGACCCCAGCACUGUGGAGUCCAACAUCAUCUACCUGGAGAGUGCAUCUCGCUGGGGACGCUUUGAAGAGUUGCAGCACUGUAUAUACCUGAACGCAUUGCGUCGCCAACAACAACCCAUCUACGGCACCCGGCUCGUAGAGCUACUCACCAUCGGUGUCCAGGAGCGACCUUUCAAGCCCAAGCCCAAGAUUCCGAAAAAAAUCAUUGAGUGGUUUGAGAGUGACUCUCAUCUCCUACACAAUGCUGUGCAAACAUUGGACCGCCGAGCAGAGUCGAUGGAGAUGCUUAUUACCAAGUUUGCAUGUGUCACUCCAGCGGUUGUCACCAGAGAUCUCACUCCGUUUAUGCUUGGCGAGAAAGGAGUCAGUGCGUUUGAAGAAGCCGACCUCAAGCUGUCGGCGCCAGUCAAGAGGCUACCUUUCAUCCCCAGCGAGCGUCCGCAUGAUCCAUGGCACGAGGCCCGCAUGCGACUAUCCAUACAGUUUCCUGACAAGCGCCUUCUUCAGUACGAUUGUGGCAAGCUCCAAGCUCUAGACCGCCUGCUCAGGAAGCUUCAGGCCGGCGGCCACCGCGCGCUCAUCUUUACGCAGAUGACCAAGGUUCUGGAUAUCCUUGAGCAGUUCCUCAAUAUCCAUGGCCACAAGUAUCUGCGUUUGGAUGGAGCCACCAAGGUGGAGCAACGCCAGAUCCUGACCGACCGUUUCAACCAUGACCCGAGAAUACUGUGCUUCAUCUUGUCCACCCGAUCAGGAGGUCUCGGUAUCAAUCUGACCGGCGCCGAUACCGUCAUCUUCUAUGAUCAAGACUGGAAUCCUGCCAUGGACAAGCAAUGUCAGGAUCGAUGCCAUCGUAUCGGCCAGACACGAGACGUCCACAUUUACCGCCUCGUCAGCGAGCACACGAUCGAGGCCAACAUCUUACGAAAGGCAUCGCAGAAGCAGAUGCUUGAUGAUGUUGUCAUCCAGGAGGGCGAGUUCACCACCGACUACUUCAACAAGAUUUCUGUCCGAGAUGUCCUGCCUGAAUCGGAGAGCGGAGCUGGAGCGAACUCGUUACUUGGCGAGGGCGAUGCGGCGGCCAAUGCGGCCAUGGAUCGCGUUCUCGGAGGAGUGGAGAGCACAGACACACGAACGGCUGGCAGGGCCUUGGAGCAGGCAGAGGAUAAGGAGGACGUCACGGCGGCUCACGCUGCCGAGAGGGAAAUCCAGCAGGACGACGCCGACUUUAGUGAAAAGCCACAGAACGCGACAACGUCGAGCACUAGGCAGGGUACGCCCGCAGACGCCCUUUUUGGAGAUAUGAACGCCGAUCAAGCAGCAGCUGAGGGGCAGAUUGAACCUACGGAGCCAGUCGAGGUCGAACACAACGCUUGGGGCGACAAGAUCAAGACUGUGGACGACUACAUGCUCGCUUGGAUGGCCAAGCAACUGGAGGGCACGCCUUUGGAUCUUCCCAAGGACAAAAAGAAGAGCAAGAAGAAGGGGAAAGACACGAGAAAGCGUUGAUUCUGUUGUUCUAACUGUAUCAUCAUAGGAUUUUUCAGGGACAUAACAGGGUCUGAAUACAUAUUUAGACGGCACGAGACUAAGGAAUACCGAAAUUGGGUUUUGCUUGUUAUGUUUUUUUUUCCUUCUUUUCUACCCUGUAUUAUAUUUUUUUUUGUGACUGGGUUUCGCAUUUAUCCGGCAUUAUUCCGUCUCACACUCUUCUCUCUACUUCAUGGUGUUUUUGUUUUCCAUGGGGACUAAUGGCAUUCUUUCAUGGAAUAAAAAAACCAACGGUGUUGAGGUGCGGCGUAUCUGGUUGGAGGUCAUUUGGAAAGAAAAUUUUAGAGCUUCACAUGGGAAAUAACAAAGGCCCUUCAAAGGGUGUUUUACUCUGUACGUUGAGAGUUAUACUCGAUGCCUUUGCUUGCUGUUUGUUGCAGUUGUUCCCUUGUUGAUGUCAUUGGGAGGCUGAAAAAUCUCAAGAGUUUAACAAUUUUUGCUAAAAAGGAGGACUGGACGGUCGGCGGCAGGAGUCCUGGUCAUUGUCGAAGCGGGCGACAAGAUUUUCAAUAGUGGCUAAUGAAUUAAUGAAACAUGUUGUGUCAACC